AAUUCUUUGGGAAUGGUUGGUUUUUAAGGGUCCAUAGUUAAAAAUAUCAUAAUUAAAAAGAGCUUUCUUGUAGCACAGAGUUAAUAAGGAGGGAGCAUCUAAAAAACCUCUUUUUUCCCCUCUUAAAAUGCUGCCUUCCCACUUCCUGCCUCACUGCAGUCUUUUGUACCUAAGAUCUUUUGCGGGUGUUUACUAGGCACUUCCAGCAGAAGGAGGGUUAAGUAUAUGAGAAGGGGGUGGAGAGGGAAUCCCAGCUUGGAACUUGAGACUUUCCAGCUGAGAAAGAUUCAGAGAUGCAGACGUAAUCAUACAGCACUGCAAUCAACUCCUGUGUCAAAAGAAGUCAGGAAAAGCACAUAAAUAACUCCACAGCCACAUUUAAUGUAGUGCAGGACAUAUUUCAAUAAUGCCACCACUUCCUCCAGGGCAAAUUUGUUCUUCCACUGGAAAAAAGGGUUUCCUUCAUGAAUGAGAGAUCUGCGAGUGACCUGUGCUCUCAGCCCACAGUAGUUCAAGUUUUACUGCAGCUCAUCCAAGGGAAAUCCUAGCAAGCAUGUGAGACACAUCAGGCCAGUGCUGGGAUUGCUGCUUCUGGGGCAAGAAAUCCCCAGGGGAGACGCUGCUUAAAAGGCAGGAUUAUUGAUUCAACAUGCCGAUUCUGUCCUUUGUGAACUCACGUCCUGAACAUCUGCACCAGGUGCCUCGCAGGAGGUGAGGAGCUGGGACUGAAGAGGGAGCACAGCCUAAUGCCAAGGCCUUCCUAGACAAUGCUGCUGCCUGCUGGAGUGUGAAUUUGGUCAAGUAACGAUUACGGAGGAACUGCACAGGGCCAGACGGCAGCUCUUAAUUUCCCGACUUUUUAAUUUUUCAGCCCUCGCGAAGGAGAAUGCAGCCUUCCCCUCCGGCCAACGUAUAAUGAGAUCCAGUGCCCAGUAAGCAGUUUCGAGUGGCACAGGACCAGCACAAGUGCAGGAGAAUCUGCCCAGGACAAUUGGGAAUGGCCUCUCCAGCCUUUGGGAUUUGCCACACCAGGGAGAUCCCUAUGUCCAGAGCUCGUGAGGAGCCCAAAUAGGACAGAGGAGUCCUCAGGUGCCAGCCAAGAAAUUCAUAUUUCAUGGGAGGUGAAAGUGAGUCCCAGCAGUAGCUGAGCAGCAGAGGGUGCCAAGGUGUGAAACGAUGCAGCAGAGCCCUACCAGCACUUGGGACCGCACGCCAUGGGGAGCCGUUGCGCCUCUCACCGCCCCGCUGCCCACCAGAGGAGAACCAUGCCCAUGACGGAGGGACAGCAGCUCACAGCGGGACAGGAAAACGGGGCUUUCUAGCCUUUCCCCCCACCUCGGUAUCAUGACUGGAGAGACCCAGCAUGUUUACACCAUCAGCGAUACUGAGGCCGGCCCCAAAGACCCCGACAAGGACUUUGGCUUUGAAGGCUGCAGGGGGAAGGAUGGGAAGGUGCUUGGUGGGGAGAGCACGUCCUCCUUCCCCAGCCCCAAGGACAAGGAGCCCCACAGCCAACGGGAAGCCGUGAUCCGGCCGCAGCAAGCGGGAAAGAUCGACUUCAAAUCCCUUCACUGCAAACCCAAGUUUGGCAACAAUGAUACCUGGGGAGAAGUCAAGGGCGGCCCUCAGUCCCCACCAGGGAAGGGUCGAGCCCGUGAGCGCACCCGGCGCUCGGGGAAGGGCGAACGGGGCCACCAUCAGCUUUACCGGCUCAGCAUUGCCGGCACCCGGCCAAACCCCACCAUUGGCAUUGCCUACCCCCAGCAGAAGGUGAUCCCCCCAAAGAAGCCAGAGGCAAAUCAUGGCGCCGUGCCUGGCAGCUAUCACUUCCAUGUGCCCAGCAUCCCCCAGCAUGAAACCGAGCUCCGGCAAGAAGACCUCAGCUUUGGCCACUGCUUCCCUGAUGCUGCUGCCGGCCGAACAUCCGCCAACUAUACCUCACAGCCCGCUCCACGCCACAGCCCCAAGGGGCAGCCUCCUGCCGCCGGCAUCCCCCUCAAGAGCCCCGGCACCAAUGGGCAGCUACAUUACUUAGAGUUUCAGGCAAACGGAGCCAACUCCUGGCCUUCCCCAGAGAAGAGUUUUGCCAGCGCUGGCUACGGGAUCUCAGUGCAGAAGCCCAACACCUUCCCCGAGGGUGGCAAAGCCAGCGCCCAUGGUCUGGGGACUUUGCCAUGCCAAUACUCCUUCCAGCUGCUGCACGACUCGGGGAAGGAGCCGUACCGCAGCGAUGUGGGGAGCCAGGAGUACCUGGACACGGGGCUUGCCACUGGCCAGCUGGCUCAUGGCGCCUUCGCCUUCCACUCGUCCUCCAGCGAGUGGCAAGAGGAGGCACUGAGCGGCAACUCCUAUGACAGCGUGUCCCCCGAGGGCAGGCUCUACAGCUUGCCUCCACCACCGUCGCCGUUCCUGCAUCCGCCACUGGCCCCACACCACAGCCCACUGCAGUGCUGCAAGGGCAGGAGCGAGCAUCCCACCGACCCCAAUGGUGCUCUCUUGUCAUCUGGUGCUAUCGACCAAAACGCAAGCACUUUCCAAGAAAACCAAACUGUUUUUCCGUCUAGUUUACACUCACCUAGUAUGCCAAAGCCAGUCGGUAAGAGGCAAGCCUCAGCGAAAGACAGUGUCCCUAGCCCGCGGCUGCUGGUCCAGAGCAGCCCUCUGAGAAGGAGCAUGCCACCAAACCCUCUCUCCCAAGUGCACUUUCAGAGCAAAGCCUAUUGCAAUUCCCCCACGGGCAGUGCCAGCGCAGGAUCUGUGCCUUUUGAGACAAGCAUUCCCACUACAGCACCCACCCACCCCAGGCUUGUGCAAGCUUGGGAAGGUGCCACUAAGGCGUUUUCUCCCAUGGACCAGAAUUCAGCACCUUAUUCAAACCUUGUUGGAAACCAGUUCUCAUUCGAGUGCCAGUCUGGCCCCGAGCAGAGGCAGCACAGGCAGAAAAAUGCCAGGAUGCCUUGGCAGCAAAUACACCUCACUUCUGCAAUGCCCGGUCAAAACAGGCUGGAGUUGUCGAGACAGAUCACCAGCCAGAAGCUCCCCUUUCCCCUGGGCACAUCGGAGUGGGAGGGGAGUGGGAAAGCCCAGAAAGGCCCCACUGCAGGUAACCCUCCAGGGUAUCACAGCAAAAAGCUCCUGUCAGGAGAGAGUCUUGGGGUCCAGAGGGGGGACCUCAACUCGACAGGCGCUUUCUCUUUCGAAAAUGGGAAGGAGCCAGGGUCUCCCGCCUGUGAAACGAGGAGCAAAGCCCUCUUCUACAGCACGGGUCAAGCAGGUCCUCCUCCUCCCUCCAGGAGCUCAUCAGGCUCAGCACUGGUCCUGCAGCCAUCAGCCUUGGUAGCUGCCUCUCCUUGCGAGUCCCCACUGCCGUCCCCUGUCCCCAACCCCACCUGCAGCAGCACCUGCUCGUCGCUCUCCCCCAUGUCCAGCAGCCCACUCAACCCCAGUUUCGAAGACAGCCAAAUGUCUGGAGCACUGACACCCUCCCCCUUCUUCCAGCACCACUGCCGUCCCAAGGACGGCAACAAAACCUUCCACCUCUCCGAUGUCCUGAGCUCCAACUCACUUCAUUACCAUCCUCCAGACUCCAUCAAGUCCUUUCACGUCCCUUCUGAUGCCCUGAAAGAUGACAAUCUUCUGAAAUGCACCCCCGUGAGCCCCUUCCACAAACCCCGCAUGGGAGUGGCCAAAGGAUGCUCAGAUGGGCUGGAUGGGGAGCAGCCCCCACCACCGUACUCCUCCCAUCACUUGCUGGCCAGUUCACUCAGCAGCGCCAGCCUGGACCAGCUGGAUGUGCUCCUGACCUGCAAGCAGUGCGACCAGAACUACAGCAACCUCUCCUCCUUCCUGCAGCACCGCCAGUUCUGCACCUCCCAUCCCGCUCCCCAGGGAGAGGGCAAGGAUGCUCCUCGGGCAGCCGAGGGGCGGAAAGCACUCCCCUUGGAGGCCCCCAAGCCCCCCAGCCUGGGGCUCUCUCUGGACACCCAAGCACAUCUGUUGGCAUUAAACAAGAGUGAUGACUUCUUGCUGGAUGGUGAAAGCAAAAGUGAGGGCAAGGAAGAUGCUCUGAAGGGUGGCCUAUUCAACGGCCUCGCCGCUAGCUCCCUGCCACUCACUGCCUCGGACCUGGACAUCGAUGACGCCAAGCUGGACAGCCUGAUCACCGAAGCCCUCAAUGGCCUGGGGUACCAGUCAGACAACCCAGAGAUCGACAGCAGCUUCAUAGAUGUGUUUGCCGACGAGGAGCUGACGGGCAUGAAGGUGGCUGGCAGUGGGAUGUCCCACAAGGCAAAGGAAGCCCUGGCCUCAGAAAGCAAAUCAAAGCAGGCAGCGGUGGAGGAGAAGGCAGUGGGCCAGCCCAAAGCCAGCUGUUUUUACAAGGACAGCCACGCAGAUGGGGAGCAGGUGAAGACAGGGGAAGAGAAGCAGCACCUUCACAAAGGGAGGGCGGCACGGAGGCUGGCAGCCCAGGAGCCAGAUCCUGCGGUCGUGGGAGCAGAGAGUACAGCCAGGCUGCAGGUGGGCAGGAAGAACAACAUCCCACCAGGCACCACCUCCUCCAAGACCACCUCCAGCCAAAAGCAUCCCAGGAAGCUCAGCCAGGAGUCUUUGAAGAAGAGCGAGGUGGGGCCGGCCAUUGCCACCAAGAGCUCCAAACCACCUCGGCUGUCCAUGAAGGAGAUGAAGAAGCGGAAGCCCCGCAGUGGGACGUGGAGCAAGGAGCUCAUUCACAAGAUUGUGCAGCAGAAGAACAAGCUGCACAAACUGCAGGUGAAAAGCAGCAAGCAGGCAGAGUUCCCCCAGGCCACUGAGAGGCUGAUGCCAGCUACCAAGGAGGGCAGGUUUCGGGAGUACGACUACAUCUCCGACUCAGAUGAUGAUGGGGCAGAGUGUAGCAAGCUCCGGGGACGGAAGAAGCGAGGCACGGGAUUCGUUGGGAGGACCAAGUACAGCUUUAGCAAGAGACGCCCUGGAAGAAGUGGGAGACCCAAAGAGAAAGAUCCAGCCUGGAGCUACAGCCAGAGAAAGGACAGUCAGAAAAAGGAGACACAGGAGCACAGGGGUGUCCUGAGCCAGGAGGAUGGCAAGAAACUGGAUUGUGCCACCAGAGUCCGAAGGCGGAGCAGGCAGUCAUCUACUGGCAGCAACCACAGCGAUAGUGUGCCCAAUGAAGCGGGCACCAGCCCACCCCGCGCUGAUGGUGCUGGCUCGGGCAGCGAGAAAGGUGGCACGCAGAGGAGGAGGCGUGCAGGCAGCCCAGCAUGUGUGCAAAGGACUCCACUCAGACUUCUGGAGGACAGGAGCCCAAAGAGCCAGAAGAGCAAAGAGGACCUUCCCAGGGGGAGCAGGCGGUUUGGCUCAGCUCAGCCUUUGGCGGCAGACUCCAGGACCAAUCCGAGUAUGGAAUUAGGUGUUGCUGUGAUGGACUGUGCAAAUGAGGAGCCGUUACCGCAGCCCCAGGAAAGUCAGCUGCCCAGCACGGCCACAUCGGGCAGGAGCCCUGUCGGGCACUCCUGUAAGAAGGAAGCAGAGGAGCCCAAAGGACUAGCAAAGCACACAAGUGAAGCAGGAGAACCUACCGUGGAGGCUCAGGACUCACCCAAAUCGUCCAUGGUCCACCAGAAACAACACUUUGUCUCUUUCACAAGUGAUGGGCCUAAGUACCAUGUAGAAGAGCUAAUUACUCCAUCCCACGGCAGUAACGAAGCUAGUCCUGCCUACUCAGAAGCAGGCGUCAAAUACUUGAAGGCACAUGGGCUCUGUGAUGGUCAAAAGGACUACCCUGCUCCAGUUGCCCCCUACGGAGGGGGUGCAGUGGCUAUGAUGCUCACUGCCAAGGCACCCAAUCCAUAUGUCAGCAACGACAAUGAGUUCUUUGAUCCCAAAGGCCUUCCCAGUCAAUACAAUGACACCAUCUUCUCAAAGCCCCCAGCUUUGGGCUCUUCACACAUGGAUGACAUGUACUUAUGCCAGGAUAAUAUCAACACCAGUUCCUUUGAGCAGAAGCACGCCAGCAUCUCCCCCUAUGUCAUAGAAACCCCACAAGGCAAGGUCUCUUCCCCUCUCAGCUUUGAUUCCUCUUCGAUAUUUGGAGAGCUUCCUGUCACCGAGUUUGAUUCACCACUAUAUGAGAGUGUUUCUGUGAGCAAGGAUGGUUAUGUGACAACGUUUGCCUGCCCCAGCAAUGCCCCCAGCAAGUCAUUGCCAUUUGAGCAACCGUAUCCGUCAUUUAUGCCGGAGAAAGACUGGUCCCUCAUGGAGGACGUGGCUCCAAUGAUGCCAGAUGACAUGACUCAGUUCCACAGCCUUGCGGUGGAGAAGCCACUAACCAAGAAAUUCCCCAAAGAAGGACCUGUCCCCACCAGCCAACUUUCCCUGCCACUACCAGACAGGAUAACGGAUUACAAUGUGACUUUUAUGAACAACAUAUCUGAUGAUGAGCUGGAGAUCAAGCAACUAGUCACAGAGCUGGAAAGCCAACUGCAAACCAGCAAGAUGGAUAGUGGUGCAUCCAUUACCCUUCAGAAACCCGAGGAGCACGUUGCUGCCCAUCUGCAAGGAGAGGUGGCUGAGCAGUUCCCACCACUGCCUGCCGAGCAAGAGACACGUCAGGAGAAAGGACUGUUUUUGGUAGAAGAGCUGAGCAGUUCAAGCCUCUGUGUUGGAGAAAGGCAGGGGGGCGAGAAGCCAGCUGUUGUGAGCGCCCAUGGGGACUAUGAGACACCCAAGGAGCCCUGGUCUUGCCCGGUGGAGUUGGGCUCAAUGGAGGCAGGGAUGUGCACACCAGCCCCACUUGCCACAGAACAUUUCUGCUCCAAAGACAGUAGCGAGCAGCACCAGGGAGCCGUGACUGCUGAGAAAAGUGACUCUGGAAAGGUGGAAAAUAGGUCUUCCUCCAAAAGUCUAGCUGGCUCACACACACCAGAUCAAAUUGAGGCUCCCAUCUACACAGACCCUGUGACUAAAAGCCCCCCUGUUGUCACCGUAUUUCCAGAGACCCUGGAGGCAGCAGAACCAUCUAAAGAUCCCCUGCCAUGCCAGCAUCAUGCCGAGAGCUUCCCUGUGCCAGGGAAAGCAGAUGAAAGCUUUGCUGAUGCUGCAGAGCUGGAGAAGGUUGAUGCUCAUCUUCCAAACCAUAAAUCUGAGCUUGACUUUCAGCAGGGUCCUAACCCAGCCUCAAAUCUUCCCUUUUCACCUCACCUCAAAGAGGUCCCAGAUACAAAAGAAAGGCCCUUAACCAAGCCCACGUCACCCAAAACGGCAAAAAGCACCAUGGACUUCAAAGGGGAUGGUGGUGGGUCUGUGCCAGUGGAAGAAACUGAGGAGAAGAAAAGCCCCACCACCUGUCCAGCCCCUGGACCCAGUGACAAAACCAGAAAGCAAAAAGUGCUGCUAUUCGAUAUGCUGAGUGUGCCCAAGGAGAGUGAUUGCACCUCCCAACAGACGCUGGCAUCGCAGGAGGUGGCUGCCAACCCUCUGCAGCAGCUCCAGCUCUUUGUUGCCCGAACAGUGAAGAGCAAUGAAGAGGAGUUGCUGAUGCCGUGUUUCCCCAUGCUUCUUGCUCCCAACCAUCUCUCUGCCACCACCCGUGUGCAGAUGGAGCAGAAAGAGGAGAGCGGCACUGCCUUGGAAGGAGAAAAUUUGCCAUACUGCCCUGCCCAAGGGGAAGAGAACACUGCUGUUGGAGGCAACGUGGAGAACAUUACUGCCCCCGCAAAAGAAGCUGUGGUUUUCUCCAGUGGAUGCAAGCAGCUGGAGUCAUUCAGUGCAAUGAGCGCUUAUGGUGCAAACCAACCCACGUACGCAAAGCCAGAGCUGCAAAAUAAUGCAAUGGAGCUGCAGCACUUAGCAAAUGAACACGCGGAGCCGAAUGACAUUAAUAUCCGUGCAGAUGGUGUUUCCCAAGAGCACAAUGACCUCUUACCACUCAAAAACACAGCUGUGACCCCACUGCCAGGGCAAAGAAAGAAAGCUGAUCAGCUUGUGGAAGAUCAGGAGCAAGAUAAAAACAUAUUGACCUUGGCAUUUAAAAAACAUGAGCAAUCCCAUUUAAGCUGUAGUUUGCUUGAGAAAGAAACUCUGGGCAGUGCAGCAGCAGAGAGGCUGGAAAAGAAUCAGGUGGAGCAGGGGACACAACCCCUGCACAGUGCUCCCGCAAGUCCCACCAAUCCACCCGUUCCCUCUGAGGAGCUCCACCAGGAUCAUCACUUGGUGCCAGAGAUGCAAGCUGGCAGAGUCGAUGCAAAGGUUCCCAGGGAAGGAAAUGGCAAGAAGUCCCUCAAUGGCUGUCACUACACGGGGGAAUCUCCAGCCAGCAUGACCUCAACAACCAAUUUUUCUCACCCCAAAUGGUUGCAAGGCAGUGGGGUUGAGGGAGCAGAGGUCCCCGGCUUCAGCACUCAGCUCUUGGAUGAGAAGAGAAACAGCACAUCCCUGCUUAACUCAUCAAGUUCAUUUGUCAUAAAGAGGUGCCCUCCUGAGGCCAACAACUAUCACAUCCAUCACCGCACGAUGGGCCCAGUAGAGCAAGGGACAUGGAACAGGGCACCCACCUUUCCUCCCUCACUGCAUCACGGUGGGCCUCCACAAACGGAGGUAGUUGAAGACAGUCACUGUCACCUCCCCGAUGGUGUUUUGGGUAACUAUGGACCAAUUGAAAGAGAAGGAGUGGCAAAACCCUGCACUCUGCUGUGUGCUGGUGCUAUGGUGGGCUCUGCACUGGAGAUGGAUGGUCCUCAGAAGCCACACCGGAAGGACUGCUCUCUUCCCUGCUCACCAACUUUCAAACAAAAGGGUAUGGGGGAAGAGGUACCUGAAAGCACUAGUGCUGAGCUGUCAACCUCUUCUUUUAAAGAAAACCAAGCGUGCACCAUCACAGAUAUGGUCAUUCAGUCCAUUCCUCCAGAAACCCAAGAUUACCCAAACCAGUCCACAAUGGAUCUUCUGCCAGUUAGAGAAAGAGAGGUAAUCCUGAAUGAAGAGAACAAGCUUGAAAGCAUCUCUGAUGAUGGCAAUAAGAUUCAGAGUGAAACAGAGGCUUUGUCCAAUGGUUUUAUCAUUCAACAGGUGCCAGCUGCUGUCAGUAGAGGUCUUGCAAUAAUUGGAGAUCUUGGUCCCACUGAAUUAAAUGGCCAUGAGUUUUCAGAGGCAGCAGAGGUGAACCUUGGUCUUUCCAAAACCACAGAGAGUUUAAAAGGGGAGAAACCCAAAAGCCGUGGCACUGGAGAAGAUAGGAGUUGUGUGUUAAGCAGUAUGGGACAAGGAGAGGGCAACACAUGUAACAGUACUCCAAACCCUUCCCAAAAUGAACUUCACAAAGAAAAGGGGCUGAAUGGGCUCCCAGCGACCUGUGACAUCUGUUCAGCUUCUUUCCGAUCCAAGCCUGGCCUGACCAGGCACAAAGCUGUCAAACACCAGGUGAAGAAUGGUGGCAUACAUCAGCCUGGUAAGACUCCGAGGUCCACUUCAGUUCCUGCAGACAAGACAUCGAAAGCAGCCCAAAAGGUGCCCAGAAGGAGUCCGAAGACUUCAGUCAAAGAGAAAACCUGCAGCUCGCAGAUGCCAACCACCAACGUUGACCAUGUCUCCAGCAAAAUAUGCCCAGACCUGGAGAAAGAGCCCAGCACUCAGAUGCAAGACGUGGUCAGCCGAGUGCUCAGUGACCUCAGCGUUAUCUCCUUCAAGAUGUCCCAGGAGCUGCACCACACAUGUAUUCUUCAGAGGGAGAUGAAGACACAGGGGCUGCACUCAGAGACAAACGGAGCAGGUGAGGCAGCAGCUGGGAAACUGGACCUGGGACAGGAAGCCAAGAAGGGACAAAAGGGCAGAAGGAGACAAACCAAAGACGCUGGAGAGGUGAACAGUAAUUCUGAAAACAAGCUAAACAGGAAGGUGAGACGAAGGAAAGCAAAGGUAUUUCCCAGCAGAAAUGAACUCAGUGGUCCACGUGAACUGGAGAAUAACACAGGUCCUUCUCCUGCUGUCCUCAGCUCCAGUCUGCCUGGGAUCAUGGAGAGCUUGCACGAGCCAGGUGAUUGCAUCUCCACAGAGGAACAAAACAGGCCCAACUCAACCCAGCACUCUCAAAAAGCUAAACUGUCCCCUUGUGCCGCCAAGCUCACAGAGGACCUAGGUGACAGAAUGUUGUCUUCACAGGAGAUGGUCAGCAAUGUGUCAGUAACGGGUACAGUUGCCUGUCCCAGGGAGAUGGAAGAUCCAAAUGGAGUGGAAGACACACAGGCUUGUAAAAAAUGGGUUAACAGGUUCGUGAAGCAAGUAGAGAAAGAAUUGGGCAAUGUAAGCAAAGAGCAGCAUCAUGGUGACAGUGUCACCGAGGAGGCAGACGCUGAGACAGAAGACAGUCCUGCAGCAGGCAGUGGCACUGCGAACCAGGGUGGUGCCCUGCAGUGUUCCAGAGCUCCUGCUGAAGAGGGUCUGCUGCUGGAGACUCAUGAUUCAGAAAGCAUCCGAAAGGCUCCUGGGCAAGGUGCUCUGCAGAUUGUGCCAGGAAUCAGCCCUCCUCCUGUUGAGCCAAAACUCUGGGCAAAGGCAGGUCUGCCACCAGACAAAGAGCACUGUAUGGAGGGCACGUCCGUCUCAGACCUCCAGAGCUUGUUUGACGAUGACUCCACAUUCUCUCAGCUGUUCCCCCGGGAUGACCAGUUUGUCCGGAGAAAGUGCAAACGGGUGUAUGGGAAGCGAAGCAAGAAACCCAAGCCUGUCAGUGAGGUAAACCUCCAGCCAACAGAUGCCAUCGACCUCUUCACAAUCCAAUUAGCUUCUGGCCUCAACGAAAACACUUCUCUCGAUGUCACCAGAGAAGACCCUUGUGAAUAUGAAACCAUCUCUGCUGACGAUGCCUUAAUGCUAAAUAUGAGUCACGGCAGCAAAGCAAAGAGCGGAGAUGCUGCUCUCAGUGGAUCUAAAGGCAUUGGGCCAAGGUUGGACUGUGAGAAGACUGACCAAGGAAAGGAGGACAUUGACCUGGAAGACAACAUGCUAACCUUCUUGUGCCAAAAUAGCCAAAUAGACAACAUCCCCAGCUUGAAUAUCUGGGGAAGUCUGGAGAAGGAGGGAGAAAGCCUCUCUGCCGAGGACAUGCUUGAGCCUCUGGUGGACCUUGAGGAUGAGCACUUGCUCAGAGAAGCAAGCUCCGGGCCUCCUGACCUGGCGGAGGACCCCUACAAUGGCAAAGCUGAUGAAGAUUCAGACUCUCCUGAAUUUCACACCAUAGACAUUGAAAUGCUGAAUGCAAAGCUAAAAAUGAGAGACAUGUGCUUCUUCAGCCCUUGCGAAGAUCUUCCUGGCCAUGGGGAGGACAACACUGUGAGUUUCAAGCCAAAGCCGGGCCAGCACAGCAAGCAUAGAAAUAAGCUAGACGAUGGGAAGCUGGGGAGAAACCGCAGUGAGAUAACCAUCAAAGCCAAAGACAAGCAGUACAAAUGCAAAGUCUGUUUCCAGUGGUUCCUGACAUUAGGGGAGCUGGACUUCCACAAGCUCUCCCAUAACCCUUCCCCUCCACCUACCUGUUACAUGUGUGUCCAGCGUAAAUUCAGCUCCCGGGAACAGCUGAGGGACCAUCUGAAGGAGAAGCAUGCCAAAAACAAAGCCGGUCUGUGGGCAUGUGGGAUGUGCCUGAAGGAGAUCUCUGAUGUCUGGAUGUACAACGAGCAUCUCCGGGAGCACGCCACUCAGUUCGCUCGCAAGGGGCAAGCACAGAAGUCUGUGAUGGGCCUACCAGCCUGCUUUGGUGAGGACAACGCUGCUGUCACCCACUUCCUCAACACCAUCAUGUAUCAAAAGCCCAGCAAGUCCUCCUCCCGGCAUGCCAACCCCAGCAGCAAGCAUGCGGUUAGCCGACGGAGCAAGAGCCCCAAAGAGCUGCCCAUUGAGCAGGAGGCCAAGGAGAUGAAAGAUCCCAUGGAAAGCAACAUCAAAGUGAAGCCACCUGCACCCAGCUCCUCUAAAGCAUCCAGCAGUCCAUCUCCAGAGCAUACAGCAAAAAGCGAAGGCACCUCAAAAUCUGUCCCCAUGCACCCGGACUGCAAAGAUCCUUCCAGGGACUGUCAUCACUGUGGCAAACAGUUUCCCAAGCCCUUCAAGCUCCAGCGGCACUUAGUUGUGCACAGUUUACAGAAGAUUUACUUGUGUCACAAGUGUCCCAUGUUCUACCAGGAAACUAAAGAGCUUCGAAAUCACCUCAGCCAGGAGCAUGGGAUAGUGGAGGAGCAGGAGAUCAAGCACACCACGCUUUAUGCCUGCGAGCUCUGCGCAGACGUCAUGCAUGUUAUCAAGAAGUCCUUCAUCUGUAGCAUGUGCAACUACACCUUCUCCAAGAAAGAGCAGUAUGACCGACACAUGGAGAAGCACCUAGCGGGAAGCAACAAAACUUUCAAAUUCAGAGGGGUCAUGAGGCCUGGAGUUGCCUCCAGAGAGGGCAGGGAGAAGGUGAAAGAGGACAACUCUCUCCGGGAGGGCAUGCCGCCAAGUAAGAAGAGGAAGGUUGCUCACCACAGCAGUUCACUCCCACGCAGCUUGCCCGUCCACCUGGACCACACUAGUGACCUUCACCUGGCAGAGGCUACAAGCUCCAGCCUGCAGGCUCCUACUGACUCCUUCCCUACAGCACCUGGUGACUCAGGAGCACCCCAACCUUCCGUGAAAACAGAAGACCUGGUGGGUGACUUCUCUGACCUCCUGGCAGAGAUGGAGAAAUCCCAGUUUGGCACCCUGCCUCCACCCCCCUGCCUCUCCCCAUCUUUGCCACAGGCUGCAGCAACCAGUCCAGAGCUUGGCCAUAUCACUGCCCUGUCUAUCGAAGAGUUGGAGAAAGGAGCAUUUGAUGGGAAACCACUUCCUUUCUUGGACUCACCUGAGUUUACCAUUGACCUUGCCGGCUUGGCUUGUAACCAGGCCACAGACCAAAAACUCUCCCCUCCACUCCUGACUGAGAAACGUGGCUACGCCGAUGCCCAUAAAAGAACAAGUGUAGGCAACAAAGACGAAUAUACAGCAAGUGUCCUGGAAAAUUCCAGUGCAGCCUCUGACACCGUGGAUGAGAUCCCAUUUCUCCAGCUUGCCAAGAAGGUCUCAGAGCUUUCUUCCCCUCAAGCAGAGCUUCCACCAGCCAAGGAGACCCAUAAGUGGGGCAACCCAAGUGCCAGCAAUGUCUCUUCUUGGGAAGAUGCAUCUAAGGCCACGUCUCCAGAAGCUGCACACCACCCCCUGCCCCUGAAGGACAGGACAGCAUCGCCCACUCUGAACAGGGCUGCAAAAGAUUCAGUCCCUCAGAAGAAAACCACCGGUAGCGGUAGCCAGCCUGGCGGUGAGGCUGCUCCCAGCACAGGCAGCCCCGGCAGCAGCACCAAGGAGGGUCAGGAACAUGUGGGGCGGGAGAAAGCCAUGCCUGAGGCUAAGGACAGUAGAGCUAACACCAAGGACCAAGGCGGCAACCCAAGCAAAUCCCCCGGCCACCAGCCCAGAGGUGAGGUGGCCAGCAAUGCCAUGAGACACAGCCACGUGGAACCAAGCAAAGCCACUGGCAAGCUUCACCCCAAAAGGAGGAAAGAGCACAAGUCCUUGAGCCAUCGAAGCAGCUCCGGCUCCCGGGAGAACAUGGAGGGAGAUGGGAAAAAGAAGAAAGCACGGAAUCCAUGCCCAGGGAGAAGCGAGAGUGCCGGCAACCUCAAACGCACUGGCUGGAGCAACGCCGAAGCUUCUGCCCUCUCCCCCAGGAGAAGGGAGACACACUGCAACAAACUGGUACCCAAGCCCAAAACAGGCACCCAACUGAAGAAGAUGGUCCUGGACACUUACGAUCAGAAGAAGGGAGAGCUCCAUCAUUCCAAUGGGGACGUGAAACGCAGGAAGGCCAUUCUGGGAAAGAGCCUCCACCAAGUGUUGGCCAAGGGGCCAGCGACAUCCCCACGCGGCUCCUUGCACAGCCCGCGUGCCGUCCGGGGUGCCAAGCCGGCCAGCUCGGCCAGCUACCGCACCGCCGAGUCCCAGAACAACCUGCUAAGCCAACUCUUUGGGCAAAAAUUAACUAGCUUUAAAAUUCCUUUAAGAAGAGAUACUUCAGAGUAAUUUAUGAAAGUGACUUAUAGUGAUCCUCAGCUGCUUUCAUGGGGUUUGCAAGGGAAAAAUUAUCAAAGCAUUAAAUUCGUUUGUGUAGCAUGAUUUCUCUGUCUAGCUUAAAUGAACUUGCACUGCAGCCUCUGUGAAAUAGUUUGCUUUGUGUCUACUAAUCUACUUUAAUUCACCUGAUUUAUCAUGCAAAUGCUAGAACUUUGAUGUUGCUGAUGAUUUUCAUGAACUGAAAUUGUAAUCGCUUUGGGCAGACUGAGUCGUCGAGAGCAAUUGCUUUAUUGCAGAAGUGCUGAGGUUAUAAGGAUACUUGCAAAUCUCAGACCCUUUUGAGACUGUGUCUGUGUUAUCUUUGUACAAAGUACUUGAAGAGAUGAACUUCAUUCCAUAGACGUCUUAUUCAUAAGGUGCAGUACACUGUAGAAAGCAAAUUUUUUUUGAAGAUUUUGCACAAAUAAUCCCGUACGAUUCAUUUAAUUGGGAGCUGGCCUAAGAGAUGAUACAAUUCAAAAAAAUAUAUUAAAUUAAGAAUCGAGUGUCCUAUAUUUUGACAGCCAUCCGCUAUGAAUUUGUUUCUACAUCGUCAAGAGAAUAACGAACCGACUCUAAGGCUGUCGGAACCCUUCAGAGGAUGCUGCCACUCUUUGACCACUGUAGACGAUGGAACCGGAGGAGAGCGGCCACCGCGAGCAAACUGCACCUUGACACUUGUGACAAACUCUGAUUUUUUUUAGUGGGGUUUUUGUGUGUAUGUGUGUGUGUUUUCUUUAUGUGGGGUUUUAUUUUUUGCGCAACAACAAAACUGUGCCAAUUUACCACACCGAACCGGUACUGUCCGAGUGCCCUCAAUGGUAUCACUUCUAAACUAUCUUACUGUAUUGAGUUAGUGGCUAUAUAGGUAUCCGCUUUUUACUAUGCAGUUACUGGUGCUAUUCUUGUUUUGUAAUGUGAAUACAGACUUCCUUGAUUGAAAAAUAAAAGGGAACCAUUAGGAAGUAGCCAUUACCUGUAAAAGAAAAAGAAGCAGGAAAAAAAAAAUCUUAUAAAAACCCAACUUUAGAGGGGGAAAAAAUCCUGUAUGCUGGUACUCCAUAGUGUCAAAAGGUUACGUCACAUUAAACGAGCACGUCUUACAACUGAACUUUUGAAUCUAGAAAGAAAUCUCAGGUGCAAAUGAGGACAUGGAAGAUAAUUAAAAAUACUAUUGAAAUACUCCCAAGUCAAGGAGGUGAAGUAAUGCACUGAUGUGAUAUGAACAGUCAGAGUACUUUGCGUCUGUCCUGCAAUUAUUUUUUGUUUUGUUUUAGAUUUAAAAGGAAAAAAAAAAAAGAGGCUUUAUUCUGUUAAUAUGUAUCUUUACAAUCCUUUGUAUUGUAUAAAAAUAUUGUAGGUAAUUUACCUUGGGUGCAAUGUGUUCUGUCAAAAGUUUUUAUUUUGAUAUUUUGUCAGAGAAACAGAGAGAGAGCAGGAAACGCCAUUUUAUGAUGUUGUAUGUGUGCUUUUAAAGUGCCUCUUUAAUAUUGUUAAAUAAAGUAUGAGAUGAAAAUA